GUCACAGGAAGCAGGAACAAUACCGGAAGUCAAGGGACAAGUCUUCAAAAUAAGUCACAAUAUAAUAUAUAGAUAUUUGGUUGGAGCAAGACUAUAACCCCCCGCCCCACACACACACAGACACACUUAAAGAAACAUUAAUACAUAUAGCACUGGGGGGGCAACGUGACUUUAUUUGAACUGCAGUAUUUGAUUUCAGCGCUUACCUUUUGGUUUCAUAUUUUAUUUUUCUUUAUUUUGAAAUCCUUAACCGGAAAAGGUCCUGUUCAUUUUAAAUAGCUUGACGCCUGUGUACCCUUGAAUGAGUGGCUCAUGAUGGCAGAGAAAUGGAAUCCACUAGUUGAGAGCAGACUCUUUGAACCUGAACUGUACAACGUUAACAAAUAUUUAGACAAGUACGACAUGCAACACAUGCAAUACAAUUGAUUUGCAGAAAUACUUUAAUGUGGCUGCAGAAGCCCUCAUAUUCAACCAGGAAGCAAACUGAGGCAACAACACGUAAACAACGACACUUAAAGUACAUUUACUGUUUUAUUAAUACAUUAUCAGUUGUCAAGAUUUAGCACUAAAAUACUUAAUACAAAAUAAAUUAAAAAGUGGUAUCGUGUGAAUAACAUGUAGUUAAGUUAGUAUAAGUUUUCCGUUUUUUGGUGCCCCCUAGCGAAAAGCACAUACCUGUACUUUUAAGUUAUAAUAGCCUAUUGUAUUUAUUUAUCUUUUCACAAAAUAUAGAGUAUUUUAUGUAUCCAUGUCUCAACACAUAUACUUUGUAUAUUCGUUUGACGCCAACUCUUUUGAAAAGGCAAAAGGACUACAAGAAAUCCCAGAAUGCUUCUCGCGCCGUGUGCGUGCCACCUUGAAAGACGUCCGGCGGGCGCGCGGAACGUUGGAAUUCGACGUCGGCGACCGUUAGGACCGUUACGACACAGCUCUCCGUCCUAAACUACGAAAAACGUCGAAAUGUCCGCGCUUCAAGAUAAAAUUACAAUAAAGUGUAUUAUAUUUAACUAUGUAUAUAUUACAUUUAUUACAUAAUUGUCGGGUUCCGUCUAACGGCGAACGCCGGAACUUCACCGUGGUUGUGCGGUUCGGGGGGAGAGGGGGAUGUUGACGGUGUAACACAGACUCAACAAAAAAGACGCCGCUCAAAAUCUCCUCCCUUUUGUAAAUUCGUUUUUUAAAGCUCCGUUCUCCGCUAAACACUAUAUAUAUAUAUUAUUUUUUUUACAUUUUACACGUCGUAAAUGAGUCGCAGAGGAGACAGCGAUGGCGACGGCUCCGGGAAGCGGAAGGUCGCGUACGUGUACAGCCGGGAGUACAUCGAGACUUGCGACAGUUUAUCCAAAGUGCCGAACCGGGCGAGUAUGGUCCACUCGCUGAUAGAAGCCUACGGACUCCUGGAGCACGUGAGCACCGUCAAACCUCAGCCGGCCUCCAUCGAGGACAUGGCCAAGUUCCAUACAGACUCGUACCUGGAGCACCUCCACAAGAUCAGCCAGGACGGAGACAACGACGACCCGCAGUCGGUCGACUACGGCCUGGGUUAUGACUGUCCAGUGGUGGAGGGGAUUUAUGACUACGCGGCAGCAGUAGGGGGCGCCACACUGACAGCAGCCCAGUGUCUGCUGGACCAAAAGUGUGAAGUGGCUAUCAACUGGGCAGGAGGGUGGCACCAUGCCAAGAAGGACGAGGCGUCGGGUUUCUGUUACGUGAACGACGCUGUGCUGGGAAUCCUCAAACUGAGGGAGAGGUACGAGAGAGUCCUCUACGUGGACGUGGACCUGCAUCACGGAGACGGUGUGGAAGAUGCCUUCAGCUUCACAUCCAAAGUCAUGACCGUCUCCCUGCACAAGUUCUCUCCUGGAUUCUUCCCAGGUACGGGUGACGUGUGUGACACAGGACUGGGUAAAGGCCGGUGGUAUGCCGUGAACGUCCCGCUGGAGGACGGCAUCAAGGACGACAGAUACUUCCAGAUCUUUACAAGCGUGAUGCAGGAGGUGCGCGCGCAGUUCAACCCGGAGGCGGUGGUGAUGCAGCUGGGGGCCGACACCAUGGCGGGGGACCCCAUGUGCUCCUUCAACAUGACCCCAGUGGGGGUGGGCCAGUGUCUGCAGCACGUCUUGGAGUGGCAGCUACCGACACUGCUGCUGGGAGGAGGCGGUUACAACCUGGCUAACACGGCUCGCUGUUGGACCUACCUGACGGCGGCGGUGCUCGGAAAGACCCUCUCCUCUGAGAUACCGGACCACGAGCGUCCAAUGGCCCUAAAUAGCCUUUGACCUCAUUAAGAAGCACUCACUGAAAACAAAGCAACUAUCAGUGCGGGCAGCUGCCACAGACGAUGAAGACGAGGACACAUACACACAGACGAUGAAGACGAGGACACACACACACACACACACACAUACACACACGUUUUCUUUUAAGAAACAAACAACCUAAUGGCUUUUUCUAACUUGAAUGUUGCUUAUUGGCUUUCAAAUUGAGUUUUCUCUCUAAAGUUGGUGUGUGUGUGUGUGUGUGUGUGUGUGUGUGUGUGUGUGUGUGUGUGUGUGUGUGUGUGUGUGUGUGUGUGUGGCCCAGUCUGUGCCCGUUGUGCUCGAUAAGAGGGGCAUUUAUCCAUGAUGACCAAGCAAAGCUGAAGUUCCAGCGACACAGGGAACAAAAACUACCUUUGUACCCGUGUGUGUGUGUGUGUGUGUGUGUGUGUGUGUGUGUGUGUGUCUGCUCUACUGUAGACUGAACCACAUGAAUGCACACAUUCAUUACAGUGGGAUAAUGUGCGACUCUGUUUUAUAGCAUUCUUUGUUUCACUGGAUGAUAAAUUGCCACCAAUGUGGAGGAAAUAAUUGAUCCUCAAAGGAAACUUUCCGUUAGGAAGUCACACCGAGUUAAAUAAAUACUUGUGUGAUUCCUCUGAGCUGCCACAGACUGCAGAGACAGACAUAAGCAAUACUGGUUUAAGACCACUUUACUGGUUUAAUGCAGCCUUAUACUGGUUUAAGCGACCUGUCAAUUACAAGGUAGCCCGCCCUAAAGUAUGCCCUUCUUUAUGGUCUAUAAUUUACCAAGGUAAUAAAUCAAGAGAGAAGUAGUCAUUUUAUAUAGACUUCUAUACAACCAGAGGAGUCGCCCCCUGGUGGUCAGGAGAGAGAA